GUUGCUGGUGAGCAUCGGAGCUGACCUUGUUUUGAAUCACUAGCACUCCCUAAACCCUCGCUUUGCUUCUCUUCGGAGAUGGCGUGGGAGCUCAUCCUGUGGCUCUUCUCCUUCGUCGUCGUCAUCUCCCUCGUCGCAUUGACUGCUUACCAGCUUAUUUGCUUGUCUGACUUGGAGUUUGACUAUAUCAACCCAUAUGACACAUCAUCUCGUAUCAAUGCUGUCGUAAUUCCAGAAUUUGUGGUUCAAGGAACAUUAUGCACAAUUUUUCUCCUGACAUGGCAUUGGUUUCCAUUUCUAAUGAUGGCACCAGUCACUUACUACCAUUUUAAGUUAUUUACAAGUGGGAGACAUCUGAUUGAUGUAACAGAGGUCUUCAGACAGCUAAAUGGAGAGAAAAAGUACAGGAUGAUCAAGCUUGGCUUCUAUUUCUGUUUAUUCCUUAUAGUAAUUUACAGGCUGGUCAUGACAGCGAUUGUUGUAUUGAUUGAUGAGGAUGAUCAUCCACUGGAUUCUGGGAGCUUUUGAAACAUUUGACUGGGUUUGAUAUUUAUCUCAGGAUACAACUGCAUAUGAUUUCUCAGGUAGGUCUUGGCAACCCCGCAAAAUCAACAAAACAAGUGCCCUAAUGUUGGUUUGUACAACUAUAACAAUCUCACAUGAAUGAUGAAACCAAAUGGGUCAAGUUCACUUCUAAAGCCAAACCACAAGCACUUGUUUUUCUCUUCUGCAGACUCCCUAUUUUGCCUAAUCCUUCAUCAAGAGGUCAGUGUGUUUUCAUAUAAAAUCAGAUUCUGGUGAUGAAGCAUUCUACUUCUGUAAUAUAUUACACUGAUAAUUUCUGUAUCACAUCCAUUGAUCUCAAAUUCAGUUUCCUGCUACUCCUUGUUGAACUUUUGAAUUGUGAAUUUACUUAGAUUUGAGUUGUUGUA